CCAGAAGGUGGCGACAAAGCGCCACACCGCGGAUAGAGACCCUACUCUGAUGCGGAGAAGAAGAACCCAAAGUUAUGAGCGGAAGUUAGCUUCAGUCUCACGCUGAGAUCGAAACCUGAAAUUGUCAGACGAAUGAACAGUUUCCUCCCCGAGUCUUCAGCAGACAUGAAAAAGGAAGACACGGAAGAGUCCGCCAGCCCGGUCUGUGAGGCUGCCGCACCCCCGCCUGCAGAUCCGGAGGCAGCUGCUAAAGGCAGUUCAGACUCGACGAGUCCGGAGACGGACACUCCACCACAGAGCCAGAGGGGAGGAGACGCAGAGGCUGCGAUGUCUCAGUCCGAUAUGGCGGACGAGCUGAGCCGGCAGCUGGAGGACAUCCUCAGCACCUACUGUCGGGAGUCAGAGGACGCCGGUGCCUUGCUCAACGGCCAGUCGCACAGCCUGGUGCUGAACGGGCUGAACUGUGAGAAAGAACACGAGAAGUCGGAGGACGGCAAAGUCAACGGCGGUCACAGCAAGACGGAGAAGGAGCAGAAGAAGACUCAGGAGAAAAAAAAAGUCAAAGGUUUGGGCAAAGAGAUCACUCUUCUGAUGCAGACUCUGAACACCCUCAGCACUCCGGAGGAGAAGCUCACCGGCCUCUGCAAGAAGUACGCUGAACUGCUGGAAGAGCACCGUAACACCCAGAAACAGAUGCGAGUUCUCCAGAAGAAGCAGAGCCAGCUGGUCCAGGACAAGGACAACCUGAGGAACGAACACAGCAAGGCCAUCCUGGCCCGCAGCAAGCUGGAGAGCCUGUGCAGGGAGCUGCAGAGACACAACCGCACCCUGAAGGAAGAGGGGAUACAAAGAACCCGGCUGGAGGAGGAGAAACGGAAGGAGGUGACGUCGCAUUUCCAGGUGACGCUGAACGACAUCCAGGCUCAGAUGGAGCAGCACAACGAGAGGAACGCCAGCCUGCGGCAGGAGAACGCCGAGCUGGCCGAGAAACUCAAGAAGCUCUACGAGCAGUACAAGCUGAGGGAAGAGCACAUCGACAAAGUGGUGAAGCACAAGGACCUGCAACAGCAGCUGGUGGAUGCAAAGCUGCACCAGGCGCAGGAGCUGCUGAAGGAGUCAGAGGAGCGGCACGAGAGGGAGAAGGACUUUCUGCUGAAGGAAGCCAUCGAGUCCCAGAGGAUGUGUGAGCUGAUGAAACAGCAGGAGGUGCACCUCAAACAGCAGCUGUCGCUGUACACCGAGAAGUUUGAGGAGUUCCAGACCACUUUGUCCAAGAGCAAUGAAGUCUUCACCACCUUCAAGCAGGAGAUGGAGAAGAUGACCAAGAAGAUCAAGAAGCUGGAGAAGGAGACGGCCAUGUACCGCUCGCGGUGGGAGAGCAGCAACAAGGCUCUGCUGGAGAUGGCUGAGGAGAAGUCGCUGCGGGACCGAGACUUCGAGGCGCUGCAGCUCAAAGUGCAGCGGCUGGAGAAGCUGCGGCGAGCGCUGAAGGUGGAGCGAAACGAGCUGAACAAGAAGGUCCAAGGCCUGUGCGGGGAGCAUUCCGGCGCCGACCCGGGCACUGACUCCCCGUCCCCGCCCCCCACAGACGCUCUGCUGGAGCCCGCCGCCUGUCAGGCGUCGCACGCCGACUCCUGCUCCCACCCCUGCCACUGUGAGCCGCAGCUGGACCCCAACGCCUCCCUCCAAGAAGCUGAGGCCGUUCCGGCUCAGGAGUGAGGCCUCAGCCGCUCCGUCACACGCCGCUGGACAAACGGGAGACAUGAAGCAGAACGGCGACCGCGUCGAACGGAUGUCCGUCUGCAAAGCAUUUAAAAGUUGCAAUAAUCCACUUUCCUGCAAUAAUCUGAUCUCCUCUGAGAGAACGCUGGUUCUCGGUUCUUCUCUGAUUCUGGCGUGUUCCGAAGUCUUCAUCCACGGCGUGGGACGGCGGUCGUGCAGUGUUGGAAAUAGUUGAACUCCUAAGUUUAGUGAGAGAACAGGUCUUAACGGAGACUUGUCUUUAGCCAGUAACCUUCCAGGUGUGAAGGUGUGAUGAAGAGGCAUUUCCACGGGUUUCUGGACCUUCAGGACCAACUUCAACCUUAACAGACUGGGUUUGCUUCGCCCCUGAUUCUGUCCUGAUCAGGCUUGAGCAGAAGAAUGUUCCGGCACUUCUAUGCAACGCUCGCUUCCUGCUGUUAUGUGUGGCGGUCUGAAGCACUUAGACGAGAAUGUAAAUUCAGUUUCUGUGUCCCGGUUCUCCUUUGAUCUCAGUUGUCGAGUCAGUAAAGUCGUUUCACUCUGAAGGGAUUGUUUUGACUUUCAGAUUUUAAAAAUCUUCAUAGCCGAGUGGAAGAAAAACUUCUGAUUCUUUUGGACUGUUUUCUCACACCUCAGUUUUUUUUUAAACUUUUUUCUGCUUCUUUAUUGUUAAAAUGAUGAAUACUAAAAUGUAAAAGACAACGUGAAUUUCUACAGUCGCCUGUUGUGCCGCGGUUUAUUGAUCUGAAGGAACCAAAGAUCUUUCUUCCACCGUUUGUUUGUUUGUCUGCUCCUGGAUAUUUUUGUUUCCUGCUAAAUAAAACUCUAACGUGUUGAUGAGA